AUGUUGAGGACGGUCCGUGCAUACUCAACCAACAAAUGGGUCAAAGAAUCCACCAAGAUGAGAGCUCAGGUUAAACUGGCCCAAGAAGUAGAAACUAAGAAAGUCAACAUUCACCCAAGAUUGGUGAGAGAAUUUCAAGAACGUCAAACUUAUGACCCAAUCGAUUUUUCUACCAUCUCUGCUCAACAAGCUACGAAGCACAGAUUCGAAAAUGCAGCUAUUGAGAAUAGGAGUCAUUUCUUAGAUAAAAGAGUCAAUCCAUUGGACUAUUAUUGUCGACCAGAGAUUUUGAGUAGAUAUUUAACCACUGGUGGUAGGAUUUUGCACAAGGACGUUACUGGGUUAAGUAACAAGCAACAAAGAUUAUUAUCUAAAGCCAUCAAAAGGGCUAGAGCUGCAGGAUUACUUUCACAUGUGUCUAGAGAUGUUUCUUUCAACCUGAAGAUAAAAAACUAA